AUGUAUGUUGUGAUCGUUACUUCGGCCUUUACAGGGCUGGCGGCUUUGACUGUCGCCUUCCGGCUAUACACUCGGUUCUACGUGGUGAAGGCUCCUGGACUAGAUGACUUGAUUAUAAUAGGUGCAUUGAGUUACUCUACAGAACGAGAAUAUGGCAUCGGCGUCCCCAUGUCAGAACUGUCGGAAGAUGUGAUUCAGCGCCAACUAUUUUGGUUAUGGCUCUCGGUCCCUUUCUACAACAUGACCAUGGUCUUAGCCAAGUUCUCCGCAUUGACCCUCUACACCCGUCUCUUCCAUCCCCAUCCCUUCCUCUUGGUUACCUACACCUUAAUGGGCUGCCUCGUUAUCAUAGGUCUAUGGACGACCCUGAGCGGCUUUUUCUUCUGCAUCCCUGUCCACGCCUUCUGGAAUCCAUCUGCAGAGGUCCGCAAGACAAAAUGUCUACCCGCCACCCCUGUCUGGUUCACCAAUGCGGCACUCCAGACUAUUACCGAUCUGGUGAUAUUGAUUUUGCCUCUGCCGCUAUUGUGGAAGUUACAACUACCGAAAAGACAAAAAUGGGGAAUAAUGGUGGUUUUCAGCCUUGGAAUCAUCAUUAUUGCCACCAGUUCCGCUCGCAUGUAUCCAUUGAGCAUCAUGGUUGCCGGAGGAGACCUUACCCUUGCAAAUGCCCGAGCAGCCCUCUGGUCCUCCCUCGAAGCCAACGUAUCCAUCAUCUGCGUCUGCCUGCCACCACUCCACCCACUCUUCUCCCGCAUUUUCUCGUUCUUCUUCCUCCCUCGACCGAUACACUCCCACACCUCAAAGGUUAACUCCAAUAGAACCCAGAUGAGCGAGCCUCUCCGCCGAGAUGGUAGUAUCUGGUGUAAUGAAAUCUUCAGUCCCGGACCGGCGAGUUACUCUGCUAGUAUUUCCAAGGUCGAUACGAAUGGAGAGGUGCAAGAUAAUGAGGAGGGGAUUCGUGUUAAAAGGGAGUUGAGGAUGCAGUCUGAUACUCUUCCUGCCCCUGUUGCCCGGCCUCAUUCUGCGAGUGGCCUUCAUUUCGAUAUAGAGACGGGGGAGGGGGAAACGAGGAGUAAGACUGCACAUGCGAAGCCAUGCUCGAAUCCUAGUAUUGAGAGGGAUUUCGGUGAUUUGGGGGAUUUUGAGUUCCCGGACUAUAAGGGGAGGAUGAAUGCUCCUAUUUGA